UUCAUUGGUUUCUAUCAAUCUCCUUCUACUGUGGCCAUAUUUGUUGAUGUGUCAUAGCAGUGAGUAGCUGUAGCUGGGCGAUCAGCUGCUUUAACGGGCAGUUCUGACCGUCACUGCACGGACAUACACGAUGACUUGUUGGGUUUUGAUUUGAACAUAAGCGGCAAUGAAACAGCCUGCUCCCACUACAGAUGCACAGAAAAUGGAAGCAUCAGAUGAUAAAUUGUCUACAGAGGAUUCAAACCCUAGAGCCGUGUUACGUACAAGUACAUCAAGCGUUGAAGAAGAGGAGCUCAUUUUUCAGAACAGUGGACAUGAGGUGAAGACUUGCAAUCAGGAAAAAGUGGAAAAACAGCUGGAAAGCGGAGAUGGAGCUCAUAUAUGCGGUGUGGACUAUCAUGAUGAAGGAGAGACGACCGCUGAUGUUCAGACUGACACACUUGGCCAUCUUUCAAAUGAGACUACCUCUGCCUGUCAUGAUGUUGCAGAAACCUCUCCUUCCGUUAUCGAAGGUACAGUGGAGACCUUUUUGACUUUUGAUGCGACAUCUCAAGCUGACAGUGAGCAGCCGUCACAGUCUCCCACUGCAGACAGCAGCAGCAAUGCUGAAAGUCCUUCACUCCAUUCUGUCCAAAGCACUUCCAAAAGCUCCCCCAUAGACUCUUCUACCUCUGGGAUCUCUAAUGGAGCCUCCACUCCGAGCUCAGACACACUCAGCCUCUCGCCAGCUUCUAGCCCACAGACCAGCUCUGGCGUCCCUCUCCCCUCACAGUCCUCAUCAAGCCCCUAUGACACUGAUUGCAGUCGAAAGCUCAUUUCUCAGAUCCAACGCUCGUUGUCACAAGAGUCGCUGUUGGAUGAACUGGAGUCGGAGCUUUUAGCUUGUGGCUUGUCUGAAAGGGAAAGCAGAGGAAAGGGGAAAGGGAGCUCGCCUGUCAAUGGACUCCCAGCAGACCAGGACGGCUGCAUGAUGGUCUUUGAGAAAUGUGUGCAGUACAAAUGCACUCAGCAGGAGAAGGCUAUUCAGAGGUUGCUUGAGGAGAACAAGAGACAUCAGGAGCUGAUCCUGGGGAUCUGCUCGGAAAAAGAUAAUAUGAAGGAAGAGCUGAAAAAGAGAGCAGAGACAGAGAAGCAGCACAUGGGCUCUAUUAAAAAGCUGGAGGGGAGGGUGGAGGAGCUGCUGAAAGAGCUGAAGGAGUCGCGAGAGAAAUUGAUCCAUCAGGAUCAAGCAGCCAAAGCUGCUUUGCAGCAGAUGCAGAGAGAGACCACUUUCAGGAUAGAACAGGUGAACAAGAAGUGUGAUGAGGCGCGGCAGGAGAAGGAGGCCAUGGUGAUGAAGUACGUGCGAGGAGAGAAGGAGGCCCUGGACCUGAGGAGGGAUAAGGAGAGUUUGGAGAAGAGGCUGAGGGAAGCCCUGAAGGAGGUGGACCGCCAAGCCCUGAGGGGAAAUCAGCUGGCUCAGGAGAAGGGACGGCUGCAACAGCUUUAUGACGCAAAGGAAGGUGAGGUUGGCCGACUGACACGGGAGGUGGAAAAGUUAAAAGAGGAGAUCAACUCUCAUCUAAUCAAAGUCAAAUGGGCUCAGAACAAACUAAAGAGUGAAGCAGAUGCUCAUAAGGAAACAAAAGACAAACUGAGAGAAACCACAUCAAAGCUGGCUCAGGCCAAAGAGGAGACGGAACAGAUCCGAAAGAAUUGCCAGGACAUGAUUCGAACGUAUCAGGAAUCGGAAGAGCUUCGUUCCAACGAGCUGGACGCUAAACUGAGGGAGACCAAAGGCGAGUUGGAGAAACACAAGCAGGAGCAAACAGACCAAUUAGAGAUGCACCGAGCAAAGGCUAAACAACUGGAGGAGUUGAAGAAGAGUUACAAAGAGAGCAUAGAUGAGCUGGAAACACUACGCACCAAGUUAAAGUGUCUGGAGGACGAGCGGCCGCGGUGGGAGGAUGAGCUGACCAAAUACAGGGAGAUCAUAAACCGGCAGAAAGCUGAGAUCGGCCGCCAGAGGGAAAAACUGGAGGAGGUCACCGCACUUCAGGACCAGCUUGAACGGGACAAACAGGAGAUCAGCUCUCUGCAAGGGGAAGUGGAAAGCCUAACCAAUCAGAUGGUCGACCUCCAGAGGGAUGUUCAAGGCAGCAGGGAGCGUGAAGCUGAGCUGCUGGGCUUCACAGAGAAGCUGAGCAGCAAGAAUGCCCAACUGCAGUCAGAGAGUAACGCGCUUCAGUCUCAGCUGGAUCAGGUCAGCAGCAGCUUCAUGGAGCUCCAAGCAAAGCUGGAAGAGACCAGCAGGCUUCUGGACGACAAGUCACGGAAGCUGAAACAGGAAGAAGUGAUGAGACACCAGGAGGUGCAGGGUCUGCAGGGAGAACGGGCGGCUCUGCAGGCAGAGGUCGCCCAACUGAAGACCAGAGUGGAGGAGCUAAGGGACGAGCUGGUGACGCAGAAACGGAAACAAGCAGCUAACAUCAAGGACCUCACCAAACAACUAACGCAAGCCCGUAAAAGGCUGGAGCAGGUUGAGAAUGGAGGAUGUGAUCGAGAUGCCAGCAGUAUGGGCAGUCGCUCCAGUUCAUCAGGUACUGCUCUGAGAUUUGGUUCCUUAAAUGCACGCCAUGGUGGAAGCAGCAGCGUUGAGGAGCGUUCACCAGAGAGCCAGUCCGGUCCUUCUGUGAUGGUCGUGGACAGCUUCCCAGAGGUCGACAAGGCGGUGCUCGUAGAUCGAAUAGUCCGUCUGCAAAAAGCCUUGGCAAGAAAGCAGGAGAAAAUCGAGUUCAUGGAGGAUCACAUUAAGCAGCUGGUGGAAGAGAUCCGCAAAAAGACUAAAAUUAUCCAGAGCUACGUGCUUAGAGAGGAGUCAGGGGCCCUCUCAUCAGAAGCUUCAGACAUUAACAAGGCCCACCUCAGCCGGCGGGGCGGCAUCAUGGCUUCGCUUUACACCUCCCACCCGGCGGACAGCGGGCUGACCCUGGACCUGUCUCUGGAGAUUAACCGGAAGCUGCAGGCAGUGCUGGAGGACACACUGCUGAAGAACAUUACUCUGAAGGAGAAUCUGCAGACUCUGGGAUCUGAGAUUGAAAAACUCAUAAAGCAACAGAAGAGUCCAGAAGACGGAGUCCGGAAGAAGUAAAAAUGAACUCCUUGAGCAACUUCUGUUUCUAUUCCCGACAAAUGAAGGAGCAGAUAGUACGUCGUAAGUGCCAGUGAGAUGUGGGACCUCUUGAACCGUUUCCGUCCAAUCGGAGGAAAUGUCUGAGCUUACUUGAACAGUUGCUACUCCAUCCGCAUUGUGCCACCUCUAUUUAUAGAACCUGACAGAAGAACUUUUCCUAUGGCCCACAUUUUUCUCCCUAAAGAAUGCCAAGAGAAACUCUUUGGGAUUAUCGCUUCAGACUUGAACUAUCUCGAGGCAGUAUUGUGAAUGUUUAGAGAAACCUCUUUGGAAACUGCCAGUAAAAACAAUCCAGGGUUCCUAUGCA